AUGUCGUGUUCUGUAUCGGGUGACGUCCGCGACAAGGCUGCGUCGGGAUCCCCCGCCGGCAAGGAGACCGGACCCCCACAGGCGCAAAACCCAGAAAGCCCCUUCACCCACGCCGGCCUUUCUUUCACCCUCAUCCCGCGCCACACGACCCCCGACGGCGCGCGCCUCGCCGCCUCCAACGUCCUCGUGCUGGACGAUUUUGUGGACGAGGCCACGCGUGCGGGGUUAUUGGAGGCGAUGAUCGGCCCAGCGGCCGCCGUCGACCUGGCCGCGGGGCGCCUGAGCCGGCCGCCGGCGGGCUCGUGGGAGCGGCGUACCACCGACGCCGCAGGCGGGGCGCCCAGCUGGGGCAUGCGGGGCACGGCGCUGCGCGCGCUGCGGCGCGGCACGCUGGGCGCGCUGCGUGAGGUGGGCGCGCGCCUGGCCGCGCUGUACCCGGACGCCCACGUAGCCUGGCUGCCCAGCGACGCCAUCCAGGGCGGGGCCGGGGGGGCCCUCGUGUCUGCUGCCGCCCACGGCGGCGACGAUGGCGCCACGGAGACCUGCUGGCCCGAGGAGUGCAACCAGGGGAACGCCAGCGCUGCCAAGCGCGCCAAGAUCGGGCCGGAGGCGGCGGAUGGCGCCACGCGCUGCCCCCCCGACGGCGCUGCCCCCCAGGGUCCAGAUGCCACCGACCCGUGCGCCCCCGACAGCAGUGCCGGCGAAGCCCCGGCGGCCACCACCGCCCCGGCAGCAGACUGCGUGCCGCUGCUGGCCAACGCGGCGGUGGCCGGCGACGAAUUUGCCUACCACCAGGACGCCGACCCCACCUCCUUCCCCGAUUCCUCGCCCUGGGUGGCGGCCCUGGGCGACUACUUCAACGGCGAGCCGGGCCAGCCGCUCCUGGCCUCCCUGCGCCAGCUGGCGCGCGAGGCGAGGGGGUGA